AUGGAGCAGAAAGCAAUGGAGAGAGUAAUAUCUUUGGGGACAAGUAGUAGUGCUAGUACCAAGCGUACAAGACGUGGAUCCAUAUUGAAUGUUGGAAAUCAUCAUAAUAACAUAGAUGAACAACCGAGAAAGCUGAAAUUCAGGCCAUGUAGAGUGAUUGAGUUCAAGCCUGAGAUUACAAGUCCAAGGAGGCUCAAGUUCAAGCGAAGAGCACCGCGAAAUGAUAGCUCGUGGUCCAAAGUUUACACAAAUUUUGGGGUUUUAAGGGAAGGUUGUGUGAGGAGGGAAGAAAUUAAUCGACGAGUCGCGUUUGCGGAUGUGGUUGAUUAUAAGAAAGUGGUAUUAAGGCACCAAGAUAUGCAAGCAGAUAAAGUACUUUUGCAGGCUUCAAUAAACAACAUGAUUGAAGAAAUAGUGAGUAAGCUGGUGGAGGACAAGAAGAGCAAAGUGAAGGCUUUGGUUGGUGCUUUUGAGUCGUUGAACACUCUUCAUGAUUCCAAAGUCAUUCCCACUCUAACUGUAUGA